UCUCUCUUCAUAAUUGCAUCCUCCACUUGAACGCUCAAGUUCCUCUUAUUUUUCUUUGUUCUUUCCCUGCGUCGUCUCCUCCUCUCUCACUCACAUCAUGGCUUCUCCUCUGACUCUUCUCCAUACCCUCACCUCUACCACUCCUUCUCUUUCCCCUUCAAACUUCUUCAUCAUCAUCAACAACCCCAAACCACUUCUUCCGCUUUCAACAAAACCCAGAUCAUCUCCCUCGUCAAUCAAAUGCUCUUCUUCUUCUUCUUCUUCUUCAAUUAUCUCAAGCUUAAUCCCAGAACUACACCAACACAAUGAACAAGAUGGUGAACCAGUUUUACUUGAAGAAGAAGAGCCUCCCUUGCAUGAAAUCUGGAGACAGAUUCAAGGCUGUAAUGACUGGGAAGGAUUAUUGGAUCCCAUGAACCCUCAUCUUCGCAGAGAAAUCAUUCGCUAUGGUGAAAUCGCUCAGGCUUGUUACGAUUCCUUCGAUUUCGAUCCUCACUCUAAGUACUGUGGAACCUGUAAGUACCAUCCUUCUGAUUUCUUCGACAAGCUCGACAUGGCCGGCGUCGGCUAUGGCAUCACUCGCUACCUCUAUGCCACCUCUAACAUCAACCUCCCGAACUUUUUCCAGAAGUCGGCGUCGCUCCGGAGCAUCUGGAGCCCCCAUGCUAACUGGAUGGGCUUCGUCGGCGUCGUCAAUAACGCCGGCGAGAUAAACCGGUUGGGCCGCCGUGACAUAGUUAUCUCCUGGAGAGGCACCGUGACGUACCUGGAAUGGAUUUAUGAUCUGAAGGAUAUACUUCGGCCGGCUAAUUUCAGAGAUGAUGAUGAUCUUCACAGCGUUAAGAUUGAAUCUGGAUUCUAUGACUUGUACACCAAGAAAGAGAAUUCUUGCAAUUACUGCUCGUUCUCGGCGCGUGAGCAGAUUCUCGCCGAAGUGAAAAGGCUAACUGAGUACUAUGCAGACGAGGAGCUUAGCAUUACGAUCACAGGACAUAGUCUCGGUGCUGCGUUGGCGAUUCUCAGUGCUUAUGAUAUUGCAGAGAUGAAUCUCAACGUCGUCAACGACGGUCGCGUUACCAGAAAGAUUCCGAUCACCGUUUACUCCUUUGCCGGCCCCAGAGUUGGGAAUUUGAAAUUUAAGGAACGGUGCGAGGAGCUUGGAGUGAAGGUAUUAAGAGUGAUCAACGUGCACGACAAGGUACCAACAGUGCCUGGAAUAAUAACCAAUGAGAAGUUUCAAUUUCAGAAGUACAUUGAAGAAACCUUAUCUUUUCCAUGGAGCUAUGCUCAUGUUGGAGUAGAGCUUGUUUUGGAUCACACACAAAGCCCAUUCUUGAAGCCCACCAAUGAUUUGCUCUGUGCCCAUAACUUGGAGGCCCAUUUACACUUAGUUGAUGGCUACCACGGUCGAGGACGGCAGUUUGACUUGGUGAACAAGAGAGACAUUGCGCUUGUCAACAAGAGUUGCGACUUUCUCCGGAGUGAGUAUGAAGUUCCUCCGUGUUGGCGACAGGACGAGAAUAAAGGGAUGGUGAGGACUAGCGAUGGCCGGUGGGUAGUGCCAGAGCGACCGAGAAUGGAGGCACACCCACCAGACACAGCACACCUCUUGGAGAAAGUCCUAAAGAUCAAAAAUGGCGGUUUGAAAUUGAGAGACACAUGAAAAGUUUCAUCUAGUUUGAUUUAGUUUAGUUUGAAAAAAAUUUGGAAACUUCUGGUGUGAACAUAGUUUAAUCAACAUGGGGUAAUUGACACA